AUGGCCGAAAAGGAGGCGGGGCAGCCGGCCCGGAAACGAAGGAUUGGUGUCAUGACCAGUGGAGGGGACGCUCCUGGCAUGAAUGGAGCUGUGCGAGCGGUCGUACGCAUGGCCAUCUAUCGGGGCUGCGAGGCGUACGCAGUCUACGAAGGUUACGAGGGUUUGGUGCAAGGUGGAGAUCUGAUCAAAGAGAUGAAGUGGGAUGAUGUUCGAGGAUACCUGUCUCGCGGUGGAACUCUCAUUGGCACCGCCAGAUGUAUGGCUUUCAUGGAAAGAUGGGGGAGAUUGAAGGCGGCCAAGAACAUGAUCAAGAGGGGCAUCGAUGCUCUGAUUAUCUGUGGUGGUGAUGGCAGUUUGACUGGUGCAGACAGAUUCCGAGCCGAGUGGCCGAGUCUGAUCAGAGAACUUGUCGACACGAAAGAGCUGACGCCAGAGGAAAUCGAACCAUUCAAGCACCUCAACAUCGUCGGCCUCGUGGGCUCUAUCGACAACGACAUGUCUGGUACCGACGCCACCAUCGGGUGCUACUCCUCCCUCGAACGUAUAUGCUCCGCCGUCGACGAUGUCUUCGAUACCGCCUCUUCACAUCAGAGAGGCUUCGUCAUUGAGGUCAUGGGUCGACACUGUGGUUGGUUGGCCCUCAUGGCCGCCAUAGCCACCGGUGCCGACUAUGUCUUCAUCCCAGAAAGACCCCCAAGUACUGGUUGGGAGGAUGAGAUGUGCGGUAUCAUCUCCAAACAUAGGUCUCGAGGCAAGAGAAGGUCCAUCGUCAUCAUUGCAGAAGGCGCCCAUGAUGUCGAGUUGAACAAAAUCACUGCCUAUCAAGUCAAGGAGCUCUUAAACAAGAAACUCAAAUUGGACACCCGGGUCACGAUUCUGGGGCACAUACAACGAGGAGGACAGGCCUGCUUCUAUGAUCGAUGGCUGUCGACGCUUCAGGGUGUCGAGGCUGUCAACGCAGUGCUCGACGCCACCCCGGAGACCCCGACUCCGGUCAUCACGAUUCGGGAAAACAAGAUUGAGAGAUCCGACCUGAUGGAGACGGUGGCAUUGACGAAGUCCGUGACGGCGGCCAUUCAAGCCAAAGACUUUGACAAAGCCAUGCAACUGCGGGAUGUCGAAUUCAAGGAGUACUAUAGCAGCUACAGGAUCACCACAUCCACCGAUCGCCCCGAAAUGCUUCUGCCGGAGGAAAAGAGACUGCGUAUUGCCAUCGUCCAUGUUGGAGCUCCUGCAGGUGGUAUGAACCCGGCCACUCGAGCUGCAGUGGCCUAUUGCUUGAGCAGAGGUCACACCCCAAUCGCCAUCCACAACGGAUUCCCUGGGUUGCAACGCCAUCACGCCGACAAGCCCGUUGGGUCGGUGCAGGAGAUCAAAUGGAUCGACGUCGACCAUCUGGUAAAUGAGGGUGGUUCGGAAAUUGGGACCAAUCGUGGUCUUCCCAGCGCCGACAUGAAAAAGACGGCGGAAUGUUUCGAACUUUACAAGUUCGACGCCUUGUUUUUGAUAGGCGGGUUUGAAGCUUUCACCGCGGCAAGUGAACUUCGAAAGGAACGGGAACAAUAUCCGGUGUUCCAGAUCCCCCUGGUCGUCUUGCCUGCCACCGUCUCGAACAAUGUCCCGGGCACUGAAUAUUCGCUGGGCAGUGACACCUGCCUGAACACUUUGAUCAACUUCUGCGACGCCAUUAGACAAUCGGCCUCUUCAUCGAGAAGACGGGUGUUUGUCAUCGAAACACAAGGUGGUCGGUCGGGCUACCUGGCCACGAUGGCAGGUCUUUCGGUGGGCGCGCUGGCCGUGUACAUUCCGGAAGAAGGCAUCAACAUUCACAUGAUUGCUCGAGACAUAGAUUUCUUGCGAGAGAACUUCCAGAAUGACCAAGGAGCGUCCCGAGCCGGGAAAAUCAUUCUUCGAAACGAACGCGCCAGUAGUACCUACACCACUCAAGUAAUUGCCGAUAUGAUCAAGGAAGAAGCCAAGGGACGAUUUGAAUCUCGAUCGGCGGUCCCUGGUCAUUAUCAACAGGGGGGCAAACCUUCGCCUAUGGAUCGAAUCAGAGCCCUCCGGAUGGCAAUCAAGUGUAUACAACACAUUGAGGACAGGUAUGGCGGCAAGUCCCGAGCAGACAUUGCCAACGAUCCCUUGUCCGUCUCCGUGAUUGGCAUUCAAGGCUCCGAAGUCGUCUUCACUCCUAUGGGUGGAGAGACCGGGCUGGAGGCCCAAGGGACUGACUGGGUGGACCGGAGACCUAAGGACGAGUUCUGGAUGUCAAUGAAGGAUACCGUGGAUGUUCUCAGUGGCCGACCGAAGCUGAGCGAUUGUUGCCCGGAGUGUGGGAAGCCACUGUCUGGGAAUAUGCUGAGGUCCAUGGGUCCGAAAACGUACAUGGACAAGGACCAUUGA